UGUGGAUAGAUAUAUUCAUGCGCUUCUUGAUCCGGUUGAAGCGAACUACUUGCCAUCCCUUUUCACUAAGAAAUCUUAGAAUAAGAACAUGUCAUAUAACUCUACAGAGCAAGAUCGUGACAGGUCUCAAACCAAGGGGCCGGCGGAACCGGAGUACCUCCCUGAGGCUGACGGUGUCAUUGAGAGCAACUACGAUGGAGUCGUAGAUGCUUUUGAUGACAUGAACCUCAGGGAGGACCUCCUCAGGGGUAUCUACGCGUAUGGGUUUGAAAAGCCAUCAGCUAUUCAGCAGAGGGCUAUUCUUCCAUGCAUCGGAGGUCAGGAUGUCAUUGCUCAGGCCCAGUCUGGCACAGGGAAAACUGCCACGUUCUCCAUUGCCAUUUUGGAGAAACUGGACCUGAACAUGCUCAGCACCCAGGCCCUCGUCUUGGCACCCACUAGGGAACUUGCCCAGCAAAUCCAAAAGGUGGUUUUGGCUUUGGGUGACUACCUGGGAGCCCAGUGUCAUGCGUGCAUUGGCGGUACCCUGGUCCGUGAGGACAUGCGCAAGCUGGAGAGUGGCUCUCACGUCGUUGUUGGCACCCCCGGUCGUGUCUUUGACAUGAUCAACCGCCGCGCCUUCAACACCAAGGACAUCAAGAUGUUCGUUCUCGAUGAGGCUGAUGAGAUGUUGUCUCGUGGUUUCAAGGAUCAGAUUUAUGAUGUAUUUAGGCACAUGCCUAAUGAGAUCCAGGUUAUUCUCCUGUCGGCUACCAUGCCUGCUGACGUGCUGGAGGUGACCCAGAGGUUCAUGAGGGAACCUGUGAGGAUCUUGGUCAAGAAGGAAGAGCUUACCCUGGAGGGUAUUCGCCAGUUCUACAUUCAAGUAGAGCGUGAGGAAUGGAAACUGGACACACUCUGUGACUUGUACGAGACUCUGACCAUUACUCAGGCCGUCAUCUUUUGUAACACAAGAAGGAAGGUGGACUGGCUCACUGAGAAAAUGGGCUCAAGAGAUUUCACUGUCUCUGCUAUGCACGGAGACAUGAAUCAAAAUGAGCGAGACCUCAUCAUGCGCGAGUUCCGCUCAGGCUCUAGCCGGGUGCUAAUUACUACGGAUCUGCUGGCCCGAGGCAUUGACGUCCAGCAGGUUUCCCUAGUCAUCAACUAUGAUCUGCCUGCCAACAGGGAGAACUACAUUCACAGGAUUGGCCGCGGAGGACGUUUCGGCCGUAAAGGAGUUGCUAUCAACUUCGUGACUGCCGAUGACAUCCGCGUGCUGCGUGACAUUGAGCAGUUUUACAACACCACUAUCGAGGAAAUGCCCAUGGAUGUUGCCGAUUUACUCUAAGGUCUCCCUAGAACACGCUCGGGAUUCUGCUCUGACCGAAUUUGCCUGUUGCCGAAACAAUUUGCAAAGCGUACAAGAGUUUGAAGAAAAAGUUCUGGAUACUGCAUCCCUGCUGCAAGAUAGUCGUGUUUACAUAGGAUCGCAAGUCUUUACUUUUUUGUUGUUCUCUCGGCGCGCGGCUAGCCUGCAGGAGGUGUGCAUUCUUCGUACUAUCUGUGGUGUUUGUAACUUUUUUUUUUUUUCUCUCUUCCUUUUCUAUUUAUUCAUCAUUUUCAUUCUCGUCAUCAUACAUUGUCAAAAUUUUGUGGUCGUCGAUCAACUCAGAAAGUUGCCUUAGAGGUUUUUAAUCAAGAUUUGAACAUCAUUCUCUGAAACUUUUUGUCCUUCCUGUCCAAUUGUCUCAGCAGUUUUGUAAGUGUUUCGUGCUGCUUUUUUUUUUCUUCCCUCCCCUCAGUCUCUCCCUUGUUUUGUUUUCUCAUUGAUGUUGUUUGUAAAGUCAUUACACUUACUUUGUCUCUUUCAUCAUUUUUGUGAAGACUUGUAUAUUUUAAUUUUUGAAGUUUUUUGAGACUUGAAUCAAACUAUCAAGAUAAUUCUGUAGGGGCCCGUCCGGGUAAACAGUUGGCCCGUGUAAUUAUAUAGCCAAAAGAUCUCCAUCUCACACAAUGCACUAUGAUUUUGUACAGUGCUGUUUACAAAUUUUAGGAUCUUAUAUUUAAAUUGAAUUCCCAAUUGUCUUUUUUUUUUUUUUUUUUGAUGCUACGAUCAAUUAAUGUUUACUGAUAUUUAAAAUGACGCAAGCAUUGUCACAUCAUUUGGAAACUGGAAAUUAAUAAAAUUGCAGCUGUAGUUGAGAGUAUUCAGGCCAGUGAGUGUUGCCUUACUGUUCUCAUUAUGGCAGCACCAGGGGAUAGGGUUUCAAGCAGUGUUUAUGGUGUUUUAUCUGGUCACUGAACAAGGCAUGCAUCAUUUCUUCUUCUUCACUUUCCUGUUGGGCAUUCUCCGUGGUCCGUCAUAGUAAUGUGAAUGUGUUGGGGAAAUAAAUGGUCAUUAUUUCACGUUGUCAUGCUGUGUACAGUACUGAGCUAUGAGUGAGAGCAUCAUAUUUGUGCGCAAGUGAGGCACGGAAUGCAGAUACUCUCGGCACUGGGCAGUGUUUGUUGGCACAGGGGGCAAAGUAGGUGUCACAGCCUACAUCAAAGGGUUAUAUGAAAUGUUCAAGACCUGCAAAACUCAUUAAACAAAACAACAAAAAAAUAGAUGUAAUAAAAAUUGAAUAAAAAAAAAGGACU